AUGCUGGCGCUGCUGUGGUGGGACCAGCUGCGCGCGGGCAGCUCCGAGCUCGACUGGUGCGAGGACAACUACACCAUCGUGCCCGCCAUCGCCGAGUUCUACAACACGAUAAGCAACGUCCUGUUUUUUGUUCUACCGCCCAUAUGUAUGUGUUUAUUCCGUCAAUACGCAACCUGCUUCAACAGUGGAAUAUAUCUGAUAUGGACCCUCCUAGUUGUGGUUGGGAUUGGGUCUGUUUACUUCCACGCCACGCUGAGUUUCCUGGGCCAGAUGCUGGAUGAGCUGGCUAUUCUCUGGGUUCUGAUGUGUGCUCUUGCCAUGUGGUUCCCCAGGAGAUACCUGCCAAGAGUUUUCCGGAAUGAUAGGAGCCGUUUUAAAGCUGCUGUUGGUGUGCUCUCUGGAGUUACUACCUGUCUUGCCUUCAUCAAGCCUGCUAUCAACAACAUMUCACUAAUGACUUUGGGUAUUCCGUGCACAGCCUUGCUCAUUGCUGAGUUAAAGAGAUGUGAAAAUCUGCGUGUGUACAAGCUGGGUCUCUUUUCAGGCCUUUGGUGGAUGCUAGCACUUUUCUGCUGGAUCAGCGACAAAGCAUUUUGUGAGAUCUGGUCCUCUUUCAACUUCCCCUAUCUGCACUGUGUAUGGCACAUCUUGAUUUGCCUUGCAGCUUACCUGGGCUGUGUUUGUUUUGCUUAUUUCGACGCUGCCUCUGAGAUCCCUGAGCAGGGCCCUGUGAUAAAGUUCUGGCCCAGUGAGAGAUGGGCAUUCAUUGGUGUCCCAUAUGUCACCCUCCUCUGCGCACACAAGAAGUCRCCAGUGAAGGUCACCUGAAUGCGGCCAUGGAAUGGCAUGGAUUUUCAACUUACAUUCCAGCACAGACAGUACUCAUUAAUGAUAAAUGAAUAAGGUUAUAUUUUAUCUUCUUCUCAAGAUAUGCUGCACUCCCACAUGUCAUAGUAACAGGUGGCAAGUGUGUCCUUUCCCCUUUCUGGGAAGAGGUGAGAGGAGGUGGGGAGGUGGAGGUUCUGGAAUGCUGAGGUAGAACUUUAUCUGCUCUGACUGCCUCUGUUUUGCACUCUGUUUUUAAUGUAGCAUUUCUCUUGUUAAAAGAUCUUUCCAAAUACAAGAGUCAAGAAGGUUUUCUGCAGUAGGUCACAUCUGGAGCCUUCUUUUACAAAGAAACAGGUUAGAGAUGCCGCUAUUCCAUCUGUGUGUCCUUCCAACUCUGUGGAUGUCCACAAGAGUGUGCCAUAGGCUCACAUUCCUUCCAGCCCGUGGUUGUUCAGCACAGGGAAGUCUGCUGUGCAUCACAUGCAUUACUCAGGCUCAGGAGCCUGUGGCUGUUUCCCCAAGUACAGCAGGAGACCUCUGCAAAGUGACUGUAAGUUAUUGGAUAAAUGGACUCAGUGCAGGUAGGCUGUGUAAAUUCAGAUAUAGUUAAUGGAAAAAUCAGACCCUAAAASUAAAUAUGAGUAACUAUUCAGGGUUUUUGAAUGUUUCUGUAUUUCCACUGAUUUGUGGACACCCGUAUGCUACGUAUUUCUCUCUCACAGAAAUGUUAUCGAAGCUCCUGUCUACCUCUGCAGGCACAUUUGUGCUUGAAUUUGUUCUUGAAGUUCCCACGGAAGCCGGUAGAGCUGAGAUCAGCAUAGACUGACAGUGUAGUUAAGCUGUAGAAACUCCUAGGUGCCUCACUGUAUGCCUAAUUGGUGAGUGUUAAUUUCCAUGUAGAGCUUUGGAAGGACACAGAAACAAUAAUUUAGGGUUCCGAUAGUGAAUUUAGGGGAAAAAAAAAAAAAACAAAAAAACAACAAACCAAAACCAACCACAACAAUAAAAAUACAUAAGUAUUUCAGAUUAGUAAAUUCAGUCCUACACUAUUACAAAGUGUAUGCAAAAGAGUGGAUACAGAACAUUUAAUUUGUUUUCAGCCUGCUUUGUACAGAUAAAGGAUAUCUAGAUCCAUUUUGUUUUAUAGUUAUACUUUGGGGUUGAUAUUCAGGCAUGAUUGUGGGUCUUGUAAACUCUUUAUGCUAGAUUGGUUUACAGAAUAAUGUAAAAUGCAGGUGUGUGUUUUAAAUGUUUGCAACUGCGUAUGCUGAUAGCUGCAGUUUAAGUGAAAGCAACAUCUGAUGGCAUUUACCUGCUGCCAGAAUUGUAAGUGGGCUAAGGGCUUGGAUGUGCGGUUUUAGUAAUAAGUGAUGUUUCCUGCUUGGACACAAGGCCAGGACAUACCAUUUGCUUUCUUCUUUGCUGGGAAGUCUCAUGGUUUUUAUCCAUGUGAAAAUAUACUCUAUAAAAAACACAUUUAGGAAAAUGAUUUUUAACAAGAACUUUGGGGUGAAUUAGUUUCCAAGCAUUAUAAAAYCUCUCAGAUAACUUUUAUAUUCAUAUUUAUGCUCAAAAACAAGAAUUGAGAGAAAGUGCUGUUAUACUUAAAGCAAACUUGUUAGUGGGAAAUGUAGCUGUCUUUUGUGGAGGUUCAAAGCAGGUAGGUAAGUAGACCACUAGCUUCUUGAAAUCUUUGCAUUUUAUGAAGUGGCUAUCAGAUCAAAAAAGCAACCAUAAUUUUUAAUUUCAGUGGAGCAAUGAAGAUUUAUACCACUGCUGAAAGUUUGUGUGAUAGAAACAUGGUUUUUGGACACUCACUCAUGUAACUUUUGUAUGGGACUUUUAACAAUUCAUACGGUAGUAUUUGUUACUCUUUGAAACACAAGCCCUUUUUCCUUUCUAUUCCUCUUUUCCUAAUUAUGGAAAACUCAGUUUCAAACACUGCUCAGGUAUUUAAAGUCUUAUAAUUAUAUCUUUAUGCUGAUGGGGAUGCUGGCUGGAACCUGGCUAAGUUUGCUAUCACCUGACACGCCCUACUUCUAGUAGAUUUUGUCAACAUUUUUUUACUAAAUGGUUAUGUUAUGGUAAAUAAGUUAUUUUGAAUAUUGAUUAGAAAGUUAGUAACUGCUGAUAUAUCUGUAGCUGUAAAUGACAGUAUCUUCCUACUUAAUGUUUAGCUUGAAAGCAAGCUCUCAUUUAAAGGGCUGUAUUGAACCCAMUGUCAACUGCUGUCUUCUGCUGUGCAGAAUCUAACUGCUCACAAAAAUGAGAUUCUUAGAGUUUAAGGGGUGGCAGUAGCAUAUUCAGCUAUUGUAGAUGUGAAUGAAUGUGUGUACAAGGUGAGAAGCAUCUUCUGUAUCUUUAUAAACUAACCUCUAACCUUUGUACUUCUAAUAACAGAUUCUGUGAAUGAACAUCACUAUCUGA